AUGGCACAACAACAGCUGCGAGGCGUUUGGAUGGCAUACAGAGACGGCGAAAAUUGCGGAUUGCAACAAGCCAAAACAUUCGAAAUCAUCCGCGGACUCACUGAAACUGAACGCAGCUCCAUCUUUGGUCAACAACAAUCAAUUGCACAACGAGCGCCUUCGGAUCAAACGGCAGCAACGCCCGAAUUAAUACCGAUGUUCAUACGAACAAGUUCACCUGAACUGACCGAUUUCAAAAAGUGGAUCGCAACGAUACGAGCGCAAAAGUCUCAGUUGGAUGCACGCAUCAAUGCACUACCACCUGAGGCACGUAACGCCUUACAGCAAAUUGAAUCGCUGCGUGCCAAAGAACGUCAAAUUAUACAAUCGUUGAAUCCGCUCGUAGCAAACCAACUGAUUGGUAUUCUUUGA